UUGGAAUAAUCUGAUUGGGUCAAAUCGCAAAGUGAGCGAGCAGCUCCAGCCAAUAGGCGAAGAGAAGGCGGCCGCGUGCUUCCCCCAGACUUAACGGAGGCGGGGAAUGAGGUUUGAAUCUUUGGCAAGAUGGCGGUGCGUCGGCAACUGCAACUGCUCUUCCAGGGGCCCCAAGCGUGUGGCGGCAUCAUGGUGGAGCGGGCGGGAACCGGGGCGGCGAAGGGCCUCGGCCCGCAACCAAGCAAGAGGCCUGAGGAUGCCUUGGAGCGAGGCUCCGGCACUCGGGGCAUGAGGCCGAAGGACUGCGUGCUCUACCAAUGCCGGAGCUGCCGCGUCGUGUUGGGGGACUCGCUCCACCUCUGCGCCCACGAGGACAAGCUCCGCCUCCUCGCCUGCUUCAAAGUUACAAAAGAUAUUGUUGUGGAAGAUGAUUUGAUGGUUUGUGUUGAAGGCGAUCUUACUGGAUGCACUUAUAACUUGUUGCUCUGUCGGUCCUGUGAAGCAUGUGUAGGCUUGAAGCUAUAUUGUUCAGAAUCUCAUGCUUAUCUCAGAGGCUUCUUCUGCCUUUUUAAGGACAACAUCAUAUGUUACUCAUUAGAGACUAAAACCACUGUUGAAGCUUCAAAGAUUAUCUGUCCUCAAAUCAGCUUAAAGGAACAGGUACAAAAGGAGAAGCCUAAGGAAGGAAGGAAGGAGCCGAAGGGAGAGAAAAGGAGGUUGAAGCAGCUUCGCGAGAUUGUAAACAACACAGUCGGACUGCAUCAGUGAGACUGUAAACAACACAAAUAUAGUGUCCGUACUUCACGGAUUUUCACUUUUUGCAGGUGGUCCUGGAAUGUAACCCCCACAAUAAGUGAGGAAACACUGUAACUAAACGCUGCCCCAUACCAAAAUAUUACCAGAGUGAAUAAUUCCCCAACCCCAGCCACCAAAAAUUCAAAGCAACAGGUAUCAAUUGGAACAAUUUUACACAGUCUCCCCUCCUUCCUUCUUUGAUCUCUCUGUAAACAUUUUUGAAAACUUUUCCAAUCUGAGAAGUGUGCCACAAAAUCUGGAGAAAUAUGCAAACCAAAAAAUAAAUACAUCCUGCUUUGAAAUAGUAUUGAAAAUCAGCUGGGUGUGGUGGCUUAAGUCAUGGGCUAACACUCUAGAGCAGUGUUUCUCAAACUGUGUUCCUCAGGUGUUUUGACUUACCAUUUGUUAGGAAUUGAGGGAGCUGAAGUCCAAAACAUCUGGAGGAGCAGAGUUUGAGAAACACUGCUCUAGAGGAUCAUGGUUCAAAUUCCUGCUCAGCUGUUUAACUUGGACAUAUCACACACACUCAACCUCAGAAAAAAGCAAUGUCAGAAAUGACUUGAAAAAACACAAAAACUAGAAAUAUAUGAAUUAGGAUUGCCUGAAAUUAGCUUACCAGAAAUCUUUCAACAUAGAUUGCAUUUUCCAUAAUGUUUUUGUUGGAAAGUGAAAAAGCAACUAUGAGGUGAGAUAUGUCAUCCUGCUUCAAUCUAGUUUUUUUGGCAUUGUUAAUACUGUUAUAUGCAUUGCAACCAUUAGUCUUUUCCAUUGUAACCAAAGAGUUAAGGUUUAUGGAUUGUCUUGUUCUUUCACCUUGAACUGCAAACGAUGAGGCCCCCAAGGUUACAUUCCAAUUUUCAAAGGCUCCACAAAGUAUAAUCCUAUUACUCAAGCUCAGUGAUAUCAUAAUUAACUUCUAAGUACAUGAGGAAUAUACUAUGUGUGCUUAAAUAUAGAUGUGUCAGUAAGUUCAUGUAAAGAUUAGUAAAUACCUGCAUAUUAGAUUUUGAUAAAUCACAAUGUUGUUUUGGCAUUAUUAUCCCACUCUUCCCAUGGAAGAAAUCCCAAAAUGGCUUUAAAGUCAGUUCUUUCCUGUGCCUAGCCCCAUUGUCCUGGGUGGGGGAGGAUAAAAAGGAGACUAUGACAAAGCAAUUUCAGGAUCUUUUCCAUGAUCUAUAAAGAGCAAAGUUUUGUAGCAAGAACAAAUGAGUCUUGUAGCACUAUAAAGACCAAUAUCAGAAAUAUAUUUGUACAUUAUGCAAACAUAAAUGUCCAUUAUGCUGGUGUAGUAUGUUUCUCCUUAUUUGCACAGGAAGGAAAACAUAAUGGUGAUCUCAAGUUGCUACUGGGUCUAAAUAACCUGCUUCCAAAAGACAAAGACAAAAUCAGCCUUGGAGAAAACUGCUUUAAAAUUGGCCUCUCUUUGGGCCUGUCUAAGCCAUUUCUCCUAAGGAUUCUCGAAUUUAAAUUAAAACCCUUCCACUUUAAUAACUUUUCCAUGAAUUAAAAACAGCUUAGUAUACUUUCACCUUGAACGUUUUGGGUGGAAAUCAAGACAAAAGCAUUUAAAAUAAAUAUACUCCAUGUAGUUGUAACAUACAAUUCAGCUGUCAUAGUUACUAAUCACUUACAUUAACCAUUUACAUUUAUUAAAUUCUGAGAUAACCCUGAAUCUAUUUUAAAUAGAAAUAUACAAAUGUAGCUCUAUGCAAGAAACAUUCCCUGGCUCUUCUCCCUGCUAAAGUACCAAGUGCUCCAAAAGCCCUUUUUGAGACAAGAGCAAAGGACUCUCUGGAAAUGUCUGAGAUGUGGGGUUGCACUAGAACAAUUCUGGAAAGGCAGUAUGCCGCAAUGGUAAGACAAAACAAAAGCUGAAUUGAAAAUACUUACCUAAGAGUGCCAUUCUCUCCUUUGUCCAAGCUGGUAAACCGACUAUACAAUCGAGUAAUCUGACUAUGAGAAACUAAAGAAAAGAAAGUCAGUUGGCCUUGAGAAGCAAUAAAGACAAUUAAGCCAAUCCACAGAAAACAAUUAAGCAUGAUCUUUACAACCACCUGAUGCACCGAGUUUUAUUUUUUAAAAGACUAAAGAUAGCUGUUGUGUUUUGUUAUUAGGCAAAUGAUGUACUUUAAUAAAAUGUCGUAAUUCUUUAACUGCAAUCCCAUGUUUAAAAACUAAACUCUUGUAGCACCUUAACCUUGCUCAUGUUGGGAAAUGUACAGGUACAUAAAAGUGCCUAAAAGUACAUGUGUCUGUUGCUAGCUAUACUCACAUAUGAGUAUAUACUUGUACAUACAUAAAUGAGUAUAUAAACAUCAGCAUCGUGAAUAUAAUAGGACAGCAUUAUUUUAAAAAUGAUAGUUUCAUAGCUGUAGUGUCUUGAAUUCACAUAGUUAAUUUCUGCUUUGAAAAGUUGCCAACAUGUUUUUCUACAAUUAUCCAUUCUGCUAUGCCAGAAUAUAUUCUAAAUUGUAACUGGUUUUUGCCAUUUCAGACUGUAUGUGGCCAAUUUCAUAAUUCUUUUAUUCUCCUCACCAAUUUAGUAAACAUUUGGGGAUUUAUUCCUUUACUGAAGAGAAGACUGUAUAACAUUAAUCUGUCCCAAAAACUGUUUUCUAUUUGUUGCCGGCAAACUGAUUAUUUUAGUUUGAUUUAAAAGCUUUCACAAUUCAGAAUAAAAAAGCUAAUGUGUGAAAAUAAGAUCAAAUUGCAAAAGUUGCUACAUAUCUCCUUGAAUUUUCAGAUUUUCUUUCAACAAUGAUUUAUGUUGGUAGUAGUCACCAACAAAGGAGACAAAUGUCACUGUGUAAAUAAAUACUUUCUUUUAUUUGUCCUGAAUCUCCCACUAUUCAACUUUUCAGGAUGACUCUGAGGACUGUGUUGUAAAAGGGAGGAACACUUCUAUGAUCAUUUCUCUUUUAUGAAACUUCACUUUACAUAUCGCCAUUAGGUUUAUCUUUAACUGCCUUUUUCUCUGAACUAAACAAGUUCUAAAAUUAUACUAUUUUCUCAUACAAAGGUUGCUCUAACUUCUGUUUUAUCCAACCCUAUAAUGUUCUUUUUACAGUCCACUGAUCUAAUGGUACACAGUAUUCCAUAGUGAAACAGGAAUCUAUUUGAAUACCUUAUGUGCCAACAGAUCACCAUGGUUUUAGGCAAGAUUCUUUUUUCAUCAUACAUGAGAAUGUCAAGGAUUGAACCUUUGACAUCCUGGAAACAAAUAUGCUUUAACUACUGCUUACUCUGAAUCUGUAGAGAGGAAUUAUACAUUAGCAGAUUUGAUCCUUUUCCUAGUGAUCCCCAAUAUGGAAUUUGCCUUUUUUCACAACAGUCACACAUUUGGUCAUUGUCUUCAGUGAGUUUUAUCCGUUUUUCUGAUAAGUAAUCCUUCCCCUUAUUCCAUGUGUUUGAUUUACUGUGGAGUCUUGGUGUGAAUCUAGUUAAAAACUUUUUGAAAAAGCAAAUAUACAAAGGCUACUAUCAGUAAACCUCCUAUCUGCCUUGACAUACUAUCCCCAUGGUAACUACAGCAGUUGCUUACACACACAAAGUGAUUCCAGGAAACCAUUAAGUAUAUUUUUAGCUUCUUUCACUACAGUUAAGUAACUGGAAAAAUUAAACACAUUCAUACAAAAAUCCUUUAGUGUAGAAAUACCACCUCCUUUACAAACAACUACAUGUUGUUAAUUUGAAGAACAGACUGGCUUGUCCGAACACAGACAUUUUUAAAGUUCCCUAUGGGUUCAGGAAAAGUAGACUGACAAGACAAACAAGGAUCCCUGUAUGUACUGAUGAGUUUCCAUCACUGAUGACUAGAUGUUGCCUCCAAUGUAAGAGACAAUAUGUUGGGUAGUUAGUUAAAACGGAAAGGUGCUACAGUAUCCAGGUUCUGCUCAUGGAUUUCCGUAAGCAUCUGUCAGGACUUUCUCAGAGCAGUGAUCUCAUCUAGCUCUUCCAAUUGGAGUUAAAUAAGAGCAUUCUAACUCCAGGAGGAAGCAUCCGGCAACCAGGCAUCUGUGGGAGAAAAAGGUGCCACGCCUUUGGGUUGCAGCAUGAUUUCUAUUGUCACAUGCUGGCGAAGGUGAACAAGUGCAACAGGAUAUGUAGCUCCUUUGCCCUUAUGAGAGCUGACAAAGGAGGAAAGUAGGAAAGUCCUUUCCCCCUUAGUUAUGAGAUGCUUGGGGGUUGUGUAAAUUGAUAACUUUUGGAAACUAUACAUCUUAAAUGAUCCAUAUGUAAUAAUAUAAUAAUGUUAUUUUUAUAUCUCGCCACCAUCUCCCCAGAGGGACUUGGAGUGGCUUACAUGCGGAACCAAGCCCAGAACAAACAACAGAGUUUACCAACUAAAACACAGUUAAAACAUAACGUAAUAACAUCUUAACGAUGCUAUGAUACAUCUUAAAUUAACAUUAGUGUUAGCCAUUUUAAUGUAAUUGUAUCUUAACUGUUUUUAGGUUAUGUGUUGUAAUGUUUUACUCAUGUUUUUGUUCACUGUCUUAUUGGAUUGCUUUAGAUUAUUUUCAUCUUGAUGCUUAAUUUUUUGUUGUAAGUUUACUGUUGUUACAAUGCAUUAUUCUGAUGUGUUUGUACUCAUCUGAGGCACUGAAUGUUUGCCUUUUUGUUUUGUGUCUGUAGACCACCCUGAGUCCCUUCAGGGAGAGAGGGCGGUCUAGAAAUAAAGUUUAUUGUCACUAUUAUUAUCAUUAUUAUUAAACUGUUCCUUUAAAUAA